CGCUCCCCUGCACGAUGUGUCUGCGAGUUGGUGGUAGCCUUGUCGUUUACUUCACGCCACGCUCUGAUUUGCUCGCGACGACGCUUCGGUCCGCUUCAAGUCGCGCGGGACCGCCUUCUGGGACGCUCGGGACCGCCGUCAAUGACGCUCAGGACCGCCAUCGACGACGCUUAGGACCGCCUUCGCCGACGCUCGCAGUCCUCGUCUUCACCACUCGCCAACAACGAAUCCCCCCUCACGUUACCUUUGGCAUCGGAUUCCCCCUCGCCUUCUACGACGCGUCUCUGCUCAUUUUCGACGACGCGUCUCUGCUCAUUUUCGACGACGCGUUUCGGCUCAUUCUUGAAGACGCAUUCCUGCUCGCCUUCGACGAUGAAUCCCGCCUUCAUCCUCAACAACGAAUCCCCCCUCAUCGCCUCCUUUCGGCCCUCGUCAAUGUUGCCAACAAGCACGUCGAACGAGAUCUCGCAAACAACGGCGGUGGUGGUUCGUGCCCGACGGCACGUCAUGUAGGGCUUGAGAACGCGCUCUCCGUGCGUAGGAACAGCCUUCUUCAAGAUCGACAAACGUGCUCAAAGAGCGCGAGCGAGGGAGGGGUAGCGGGGAAAGCGCUCGAUGAGAAGACGGGCGGGUCUGUCUGGUAGAGUACGAGAAGAGUAGGGGGAGUGCUCGACGAGGAGCUACUCGACAAGUUGAAG